AUGCCUGGGAUCCUACGCAAGUCACCUUCUGGCUCAGCCGCCGCUAUGGAUCUAUCAGUGACCGGCAAACCAGAUUUCUACCUGAUCGCCAACGAAGAUGCUGUCUACGAGCAAGAUAUCCUCUGCAACCCUGAAAGUGUUCGACCAUGGCUACUCUACAUCGACUACAAAAUGCGCAAUGGCACUAUUCACGAGCAAGCAUUUGUGCAAGAGAGGGCGUGCAUACAGCUACCCCGGUCAUACAAGCUGUGGAAACUGUAUUUGGAUUUCCGAGUCAAACAUCUCAAGAAGAAAAACCCCGUCAGGUACAAGGCAGAGUUCGACAAGGUCAAUGCUCUCUUCGAGAGAGCGCUGGUAUUGCUGAAUAAAAUGCCUGUGAUCUGGGAAAUGUAUCUUUCAUUUCUUUUGCGACAACCACAUGUCACCAGGACACGAAGGACGUUCGACCGCGCGUUAAGAGCCCUGCCCGUGACCCAGCACAAUAGGAUAUGGAAGCUCUACAAAUCGUUUGCCAACUCUGCAAGAGGAGUAACUGCAGUCAAAAUCUGGGCGCGUUAUAUCCAGGCACACCCGGAGGAUAUGGAAGACUACAUUGAUCUACUCAUUGAGACGGGGCAUUAUCUGGAGGCCGUGAAACGGUACAUCCAAAUACUGGACAACCCCAAGUUUCGGUCCAAACACAUCAAAAGCGAUUUUCAACUGUGGAGCGAAAUGGUAGAGCUAAUGGUCAACAAGGCCAGAGACAUUGGAGAAAGCUCUCUCGCAGGAUUCGAUCCCGACACCAUCAUCCGGAGUGGGAUAGAACGAUUUGCCGACCAGCGUGGCAAGCUUUGGGCCGGGCUUGCAACAUACUGGAUCACCCGCGGAGAUUUCGAAAAGGCUAGAGACGUGUUUGAGGAAGGAAUCACGACGGUCAUGACGGUGCGCGAUUUUACAAUGAUCUUUGACGCCUACGUGGAGUUUGAAGAGUCGGUGAUUUCCACCCUCAUGGAUACCGCCUCUGCGCGGGCUGCGAAAGGAAUUGUUGAUGCGGAGAAAGACUUUGAUCUCGACAUGAGGAUGAUGCGCUUUGAGCAUCUGAUGGAUCGACGACCGUUCCUCGUUAACGACGUCUUAUUACGGCAAAAUCCCAACAAUGUAGUUGAAUGGGAGAAACGAGUUGCGCUUUGGAACGAUAACAAAGAAGAAGUCGUGCAGACAUACGCGGAUGCGAUCGCGGCAAUUGCCCCCAAAAAGGCGGUUGGCAAGUUCCAUCAACUAUGGUUGAACUAUGCCAAGUUCUACGAAGAAGAGGGCGACCUUGAUACUGCACGAAUCAUUCUCGACAAAGCCGUCAAAGUUCCCUACAAGGCGGUAGCCGAGUUAGCCGACACUUGGAUUGGCUGGGCGGAGAUGGAGCUUCGGAACGAGAAUUUCGACGGAGCGAUGAAGGUGAUGGCCACUGCCACAAAGUCGCCGAAACGGAGCACGGUCGACUAUUUUGACGAGACUUUGUCCCCGCAACAAAGGGUGCACAAAUCCUGGAAAGUUUGGUCGUUUUAUGUUGACCUUGUUGAGUCGGUCGCCUCAUUAGAGGAGACACGUGCCGUCUAUGAUCGGAUCUUCGAGCUUCGGAUUGCAACUCCACAGACCGUUGUGAACUACGCCAAUCUCCUCGAAGAGCACGGCUACUAUGAAGAGUCAUUCAAAGUCUACGAAAGAGGCCUAGAUGUGUUCACAUACCCGGUUGCAUUCGAGCUGUGGAAUCUGUACCUCAGCAAAGCAGUCAAACGCAAGCUUGGGAUGGAGCGUCUUCGCGACCUGUUUGAACAGGCAUUGGAGAACUGCCCACCACAGUUUGCGAAGCACAUCUUUUUGAUGUACGGCAACCUGGAAGAAGAGCGAGGCCUGGCUCGAUCGGCCAUGCGGAUUUACGAACGUGCCACUCGUGCCGUUUCGGACGAAGACCGCCUCGGCAUGUUUGAGUUCUACAUCACCAAAUCGGCGUCCAAUUUCGGCCUGACCUCGACGCGCCCGAUCUACGAGCGCGCCGUUGCUGCCUUACCCGACAUGGAGGCCAAAGCCAUGUGUCUCAAGUUUGCCGAAAUGGAACGACGGCUGGGCGAAAUCGACCGAGCCAGGGCCAUCUAUGGACAUGCGAGCCAGUUCGCCGACCCGCGUGUGGACAAGGCCUUUUGGGACACGUGGGAAAAGUUUGAGGUUGCGCACGGCAACGAGGACACGUUCAAGGAGAUGCUCCGCAUCAAACGCAGCGUCACUGCGCAGUUCAACACCGAUGUCCAAUUCAUUGCCAGUCAGGCCGUCAAGCGGAGCCAAGAAGGCGCGGCUGCAGCGGGAGGUGCAAACGGCGACAGUGCCUUGGACGAAGACGUCGCGGGCAACGGCAGAGGCAACGAUGCAAUGGCCGCGCUGGAACGGCAGGCUCGUGCGCCCGUGGGGUUUGUUGCAGCUAGCACAGGCCCGGUGGGUGGGAAUAGACUACCGCCCAAGGAAAGUGAGAGUGCCGAAGUUGAUGGUGCUGCAGGAGGAGGAGUGGCUGCCAACCCGGACGCCAUUAAUGUGGACAUUGACGACGAUGAUGAUUAA